UUGAAGUACCCAUGAGUGAAUACCAGACACUAUUGUGUUAAAACUAGUAGCAUAUACAAACUAAAACAAGUAGUCGCAAUUAUCAGUUAUCGUAGUGUGACUCGUCGAACAGUGUGAAACUAUUAUAAAGAACCACGAUGUUGAGGCUUCUAAUCAGUACCGUCCUCCUCGCCUCUGCCUACGCCGCAGUUGAGCAAGCCGUGGUGGUCCUAAAAACCGACACCAUCGACGGCCGGGUCACCUUUACCAGCACCGCCGACGGCAUCAAAGUCGAAGGUACCAUCAACGGUCUUCCCGCGGGAAAGCACGGCUUCCACAUCCACGAAAAGGGCGACCUCGACAACGCUUGUGCAGCGGCUGGGGGACAUUUCAAUCCGACCAAAAAAGAUCAUGGUGCUCCGGCCGACGAAAAUCGUCACGUUGGGGAUCUGGGGAACAUCGUUGCCGACGAUAAGAGUGUCGCAACGGUCGAUAUCCUUGACAAAGUGAUUGCUUUGGAUGGCGAUAAUUGCAUUAUCGGGCGUGCCCUGGUUAUCCACGCUGGUGAAGACGAUUUGGGGCUAGGAGGUUUCGACGACUCGAAGACCACGGGACAUGCGGGGGCUAGACUCGUCUGCGGGGUUGUCGGAAUUGCGAAUGAAACAACUUCAACAUCAGCCUCACGUGAUCUGACCAGCACCGGCUUCUACAUUUGGUUAUUAGCUGUGAUGUACUUUGUUAACCACAUAUAGUUUAUUUUUAUACAAUGUGUGUUUUUUUCAACUGUUAUUUAUGUACCUGUAACUAAAUAACUGUACUGGAUUAAAUAAUAAACAUCGUUAACACAA